AUGACAAGGGAAGAUCCCUACAGAGAAGAAUUCAGUUAUGACAGGAUGCCCACCCUGGAGCGGGGAAGACAGGAAGCUGGACAUUACGCUCCAGAGAGGAAAUCCAGUGACCUCCAGCUCGCCAAAAGGUUCCAUCCUUGCUUCAGUUACCGAGCGUGGAUCUUCUCCUUGGUGAUGGGGAGUUGCCUUCUUGUCACUUCUGGCUUUUCACUUUACCUGGGAAAUGUUUUCCCUUCUGAAAUGGAUUAUUUACGCUGUGCAGCAGGUUCAUGCAUUCCUUCAGCCAUUGUGAGUUUUGCUAUAGCACGAAACAAGGUGAACGCGAUCCCAAACUUUCAGAUUUUGUUUGUUUCGACAUUUGCCGUCACAACAACAUGUUUAGUUUGGUUUGGAUGUAAACUUGUCCUGAAUCCAUCAGCAAUAAAUAUAAAUUUCAAUUUGAUUCUGCUAAUUCUAUUAGAAAUCUUGAUGGCAACUACAGUGAUUAUUUCUGCAAGAUCUAAUGAAGAAUGUUGUAAAAGAAAGAAGAAUGCCAUAUGUAAUAGUUCCAGCAUUUUGAACAGUGUAACCUUUCCUACUCGAGUCCUGAAAUCCUAUUCAGUUAUUGAAAUAAUUGUUGGAAUUUCUGCAGUGUUUGGUGGUAUAAUUGCUUUGAACAUGGAUGUAUUAGUUUCAGGCCCAUACCUUUCAGUGACAUUCUUUUGGAUUUUGGUGGCAUGUUUUCCAAGUGCCAUUGCUAGUCAUGUAGCAGCUGAAUAUCCAAGUAAAUGCUUGGUCGAAGUUCUGAUUGCAGUAUGCAGCAUCACUUCUCCAUUAUUGUUCACGGCUUCUGGAUAUUUAUCUUUCAGCAUAAUGAAAAUUGUUGCCAUCUUUAAAGAUUAUCCACCAGCAAUCAAACAAUCCUACGACGUCCUUCUGUUGCUCCUAAUGCUGCUGCUGCUGAUCCAGGCUUUCCUUACCAUUGGCACCGUCAUACAAUGUGUUAGUUACAAAAUUAAGAUGAAGUUGCAAGACUCAUCUUGGGGGGGCUCCCCGAUAAACAAGCAAGACUACCAAACCGGUCCAGAACAGAGGCUGAGGGGGCAACCCCAGGUAUCCAAUAACACACUGAAGGAGUUUGACAAAGACAAAGCCUGGAAAGCUGUUGUGGUACAGAUGGCGCAGUGACCUGAACGGCGUGGAGGGGGCAGCUGGGUGGAGGCUUCCCUAUGUCCCGGUGUUGGAUUUUGUCAUUUUCAGCAGUGUUUGGGCUAUGUCUUGCUACCUGU